CAAAGAAGAUGUUUAUGCUAUAAAUAUCUCCUGUGUAUUAUUCUAAUCGGUUUUAUAUAAAAUCCAAGUAGUAUGACAGGGGAGUUGCCUACUUAGCACUGUCACAAAUGUCAUGGGCACACUGCACUUCUGGGCCAAAACAUCAUGGAGACACUGUGACGGGGCCCAGAGCCAGGAGCUCUGAACAAAGGCUACGGCUGAGGUGAUUUGCGGAAAGACUUUUGCUGGUGGCUGAGCAAGCAGCGCCCCUGGUGAGCGCCAUCCUGCUUAACUAAUAAUUGCGUUCCUGCUUCUCCUCAGUGCCACAGAACUUGCAGCUCUUAGUGGCCUCUCUACCAAUAUGCUCCUAAUGCAACCCAUCAGGGCCACCUCGACAUCCUGUGGGCAGCUGUUGCUAGAGAGGGGGUGUGGCCAAGCAAUUGAGGUGUAGCAACACCAAGUCAGGAAAAUAUUAUUAUGUAGAUAGUGUGCCCCCUCUGGCAUGUGCCGAUGGGGGCUAUCCCUGACCUACAUUGCUGAGUCAAACCCAGGCCUGGGUAAUCAAUAUCCGCCCCACCCCCGUCUUGGCACUCCUGUAAACUAUAGCUGGAAAAUGAUAGUAUUAGGUCAAAUGGGAAUAUGUUACCUGUCCCUAGAAGCAAUAUAUACAUUUCUCAUAGUGCAGUCAUCUCCUGUCACUUAUGGUAACUUGGGAAGUUAAUGAAUAAUGAAUGUUCAUUUUUUAUUUAUUACCCAUGCCCUGUGAAAUCUCCUCUGUUAUUCAUCCAUCAUCCUGCCUUUGUGACCAUUACUCUAGCUGCUCCAUAUUAUAUUUAUUUCCCUUCUUCCUCCUCCCUGUUGUUUACCUUACUCACCUGGUUGCUAGGUGCCCCUCCUUCCUGGGUUGCUAAGGAAACCUAGAAUCUAUUCUAGGUACCAGCAGUGUAGUAGCAUCUUCCAGUAUCAAACAUGGCCACCAAUAGAAGGAGUCCAUCUACCACAGGACUUCCCCAUGCCUCAGCCUUGACUGCAGUCCUUGAGGCUAAAAACAUGAGGCCUAUGAUACACAGGCUGUUUUACGUAGCAAAGAGAUCUCCAGAGCAAGCGUACUGCGGGAAAAUAACAGAUCACUAUGAAAGACUGUUCCAUAAGCAGAUAAAGUCUAACCUCGGAGAGUCCAUCUCUGGAUUAUUGCUGAUCUAUCCCAGCUGUGUUAUUCACAUGGUUGAGUCCUCCAGCGAGAUCCUACAGGGAAUCAUUCAAGAUCUCGUCGAGAUCCAGAAUCAGGGUGCAAAUUCACUUCUACAGGACACCAGAAUCCUUGUGCUCUCGCACAAUAUCCCCAGCAGACUCCUCCCACAGUGGUAUUUCCAUGAGGUGAGAUUGCCAGUGCUGUACCUGAGUGAUAUGGCCUCUGAGGAGUCACUGGAGCCUGUGGUAGAAGAUUGUCUCACAGUUAUGUUGAAGUUGGGCGUAUGUGUCUCCCAGAUGUUACAGCCCGGGAGCAAAUGCCCUGGAGGCCACCUGACUGACCUGGCCCCCGAAUUGCUGGUCCGAGAAGAUAUAAUCAAUUUCCUCACCCAGUCUGAUAUGCUCCUGGAACCAAGAGCGUUUCUUGCACUGUAUAACAAGCCAAUAAACGCGCCUUUUGAGUCAGAUGAAGUUUGGCCAACUCCCCAACACCAGUUUCUGUAGCAGACAUUUUGUCCACUUUGCAACCAUUUUGAAUUUACUUACUUCAACAUCAAAAUAUCAAUGCAUUGAUUAUUUAUCAGUCUAAAGAAUGUAUGUAGGUGUUGGUUUUUAUCAAUGUUAAUAUAAAAUGUUUAUGUAUAGGAUAUCUUUACAGUGGUAAACUAGUCAAAUAAGACCAAAACAAAUAAAAUUUACCUC